AUGUCGAGACGAGGAUUGACCGUUGGUGGUCUUGCUGUGGCCGGUGGUGUUGGCUACUAUCUUUACUCGGCUGGCGCCGAUGCUCACAAGGUCUCAGCACAGGUGAAGAGUGAGAUCCCCGGUCGAGAGAAGGAGGCCGAGAAGAAGGGCGAAGUUCUCGCACAACAAGCUGGCCAGAAAUUUGACCGAGCGUCUGCUGAUGCAAAAUCCAAACUCGCCGAAGCCGAAGCCAAAGCAAAGGAGGUCCGGGACAAGACUGGAAAGGAACUCAACAGCGCCAUCGACAAGUUCGACAAGACUGUGGAAGACAAAGCCGCAAAGGCAAAGAGUGGCAUCAGUGGCUGGUUCAAGUAG